CUUUUCGAAUGUCUGUGUUGUCAUUGCAGUCAACUUUCAUGCCGACAGAGUACUUUUCCGGAAUGUCGUGUGGAAUUACCGCGAAUUCUUAAUAUUUGUUGUUGUUAGAAAGCCAAUAAUCGGUUUAUUUGGAAAGCUGCAAAUCAAAUAAUACUUUCUGCACAAGCAAAUAAGGAAUGAGCGCUAUAGAUUAAUUGAGAAAAAGAAAACUUGUUUCCACAUCGGAAUGGGGAUUCUUUGCAUUCCAGCCGGUUAAAAAUUGAAGAGAAAAAAAAGCUUACGUUGUUAAGUGUCAGAAAAUUCGGAUCUUUAGCCAUCAGUGAUGAAGAUGCUGAGAAGUGGGAUGUUUUUGAUUAAAUGCAUUGAUGUCCGAACUGUUUAUAAAAGAUGAUGCUUGCUUAAUGCAAAUGAAGCCAAUAGGAUCCAUAGCCCCCACCCAUGGCUCGAGAUGAGAGGGUUGGCAAUUGCUGGUCCCAGCCCCGGCGAUCAGCACCGGCCAAGAAUCGGCCGGGUUGUAGCAGGGGGCUGGUCACGAAUCAUCUGGGGGAACUAGAUGACAUUGUGAAUGUUUUAUCAUGUGGGGGAAGGAACAGACAAAAACAUGAGGAUUGGCCAAAUAGUAGAACCUUAUCAAAUCGAGAAAGUUACUCUUCAAGUGAUUGCUGUUUGAAAAAUGGCCGUGUUCAGUGCAGUUGCUUAUGGCCUAAGAACCCUUAUGCAGAACAUCCAAAGAAGAACACCCGAAACUUUGGUCCUCCUUUCAAUCAUGGUACGCUGCCAUACGAAAACAAACCUCUAUGGCCGGAUAAAAACGCAUCUAAUAGAUGCUAUCAAGAUAACAAAAUGCUUGAGGAAUUCAUCCUUGAUGACAGCGAACUUGGCUUGUUGAACUACUAUGACAUCCCCAUUGAUGUUCCGAAAAGACAUCAUGUGAGAAAUGUUGGGAAAGUAAAAACUGUUUCUAUCAUUGACACUCUCAGUGAGCUGGCAUCUGGAGCUACAGAUAGAGAAGAUGAGGGAGGUUUCUCGUCGGCUGUGAGCGAAUCGGCAGUUUUGAACCGUUAUGUCUACAAGCCGAGAGCCAAGCACAUCCGCCAAUCUGCUCCGAGGAGAGAUAGAGUCCCGAAGUUUAAUUAUUUCAAUUCUCCUAAUUUCGGCAUUGACAAUCACAUCAACAAAACUAAUUUUACAGCUCCUCCUGUUAAACCUCAGUAUGAUGCCUUGAAUAAUUUCAAUGGGCAAAACUUUAUUGAUGAUGGCAACUUUACUUGUAGUUCCUUAAAAAGAACUUUGAAAUAUUUGCGGAAGGCUGUUUCCACUCACGUGGAAGAAGAUCCUCGCAAUCGCAAGCAUGUCCAGGAUGCCUGCCACGAGGAUGAAGUCCUUCGACAGUGUUUUUCUGACAGUGAAGUUAAAGACGUGCCACAGCAAUGGAUUCCUUUCAAAAAGGACAAAAUAGAUCUGAGUCCACGAACAAAAUCCAAAAGUUUAUUGACAGUUAUUGAUCCUGUCGUCAAAGCACCGUCCAAUAAACCGGAAUCGUUAUUUCAGAACAGAACAAAAGCAGCCGUUCCUAAUUGGAUUCAAGAAGUAUUUACAGCUGCUAAGAAAGGAGAUGCUGAAAAAAUGAAAUGGGCAUUAAAAGACAUUGACCCUGCACUUGUUCGAAAUCUGUCCGAUGAUCAUGGAAAUAAUCUGUGGCAUAUUUGUGCCGCCCACAACAAUUUUGAAUGCCUGAGUUGGUUAUGUUCUUAUAAUCAACAUCAUGUAGAUGCACUAAAAGAUGAAAAUAAGAAUGGGUUUUCACCAGUUGCUCUUGCAAUUAAGCAUGGGAGUCUGUUGGCUGUGAAGUGGCUUAUUCAAAACACCAUUAGUAAGACUCAACUUCUACAACAAACUGAUUCCUGUUCUUUACUCCAUGUAGCAGCUAGAUAUGGACAGGAUGCUAUUGUUGAAUGGUUGUUAAGUUAUAUGACAGCUCAAGACUUUGAUUCCAAUAUUAUUGACCCUGAGGGAAAUACAGCUUUGCAUUUAGCUGCAAAGUAUGGCCAGAUUGCUUGUGUAAAGGCAUUAGUAUUGCAUUCUGGAAAUUUAAAAGCAAAAAAUGAACAUGGAUUGAAACCAUUAGACUUGGCUGUUAAGCAUUGUAAAAAAGAGUGCUGUGAUUAUUUGGUAGCUUUGGAGUCCUGUUAUAAUUUAUCAGCACUGAAUUUGCGACAACAUACAGAAGUACAACAGCUUCAGAAAGAAAAUGCAGAGAUAAAAAGUUAUUUUAAAGAGCUUCUUACAUUGACUAAGCGGUUACAACAUCGUCAAAAGGAACUGGUUCAUACUAUUACCCAUGGAAACUCUACCCAAUAUUUAAAUUCAAGCGAUAGAUCCCAUGUAAAAAACAGAUUCUUUGAUGACUAUUCUCAACUACUAUCUACCGUUAUGACUGAUGAAGAGCAUAAUCUACUUAUGGUAGAAGACAGAUGGAAAAAAUCCAGAAAGCAUGUAAAACCAUCAGAAAAUAAGAAGAAGCCUUUGGACAUUUUAAGAUCUCAGUUCAGCCACAUUUUGGAUAAAGUAAUCAACCAGAGUCCGCCUAUUCCAUCUACCCCAGAAAGUUCUGAUGGAAGCUGGCACAGUGAAGAUGAAGAGAAGAUGCCAACCGAACAACCUUUUUCAAAUUACUUAGCUGCUCCUGAUGUUGUGAAUUCUCUCUCCCCACAAACAUCUGUGCCAUACUUGGAUACGAGGCGUAAAAUGUCAAAAGAAAAACUCAUAGCUUCCUCAAAUGAGCCCGAUAUAAAUUGCACUGUGAAGUCGGACUCCCCUAAUCUAAAGAAUCUUCCCUCGAAUACACCAGUGAAGCCGGCCAAUCGAGAUGUCAAUUUGCGCAUGUUUUUCAAACAAAAUCCUAACUUGAGGCAAUCUGGGGAAACAUGCUCUGUUCUUGAAGUUCUGGAGCCCUCCAGUAGUGAUAGUGAAGAAUGCUCAAGUCAUAAGAAAAGACUUGCUAAAACUUAUGACACUGAAAAAGAGAAUGAACAGAGCUCUUCAAGUUCCGCAUUGGAGACCCUCAGUCCAUAUUCAUGUCGGCCAUCAUCAUCUGGAUCGAAAGCUUCUGGAAGUCACAGCAGCAGUAGUGGUAUUCAUCCCAAUCCAUUUGCCACCACUAACUCUAGCUACCCCCAAAACACGUCUAACCAUUCAGUUUCAGAAACUAACACUAAGGAUGAGAGUGAAAAGGCACCCACAAGUAUGGGAGAGAAUGAAUCAAAUGAUGACUUAUCAAGGAAUGAUAAUAUUUCUGUAGAACCAGACUUAAUCAAGGGUACUCAAAAGAAGAAAAUAACAUCUGCUAUUGGAGAAAAAGAAAAGAAAACUGUAAAAGACUUAUCUUCUGAUCUUUUGCUUACCGAUAUUCCUGGUAUAAGUACAGACAGCGAAAGUCUGGAAGUAGAUCGCAGUUUCUCCAGCGCAGAUGUGCCAGAUAGUUUAACACCUAUUCACAAUCCUGAACUACCUAUUAUAGGAACAGCAAUAAAGAAAAAAAGUUUCCUGCUUAAAUUUGCCCUGAAAGGGCGCUGGCCAUCAAAAGCUCCUACACGUGCCUUAAAAAAUGAAAUCUCGCCCGAAGAGUUUCGCGAAACUUACUCCAGAUCUGCUGCAGCCGAUGCUGUAUCAUCACCUCCUAGUCAAUCAAUAACAACACCUGACAAUUCAGCGAAGAAAAAUUAUCCCAUCAAAACUAAAGUUGAACCUAAGCCAGCGGUAACUACUCCAGAAUCCGAAAGCAGCGAAAGAGUUGAUGGAAAUAGAUUUCCAGCAACCCCUGAGCAGUUGGCUCAAGCUCCAAUCAGAAAUCGGCGUGGCUUACUGCCACCCAGACGUGAUCCGCCUCCUGCUCCACCUGUUUCUCUUGGAGAUGAGGAGCAGUCGCAUGAUCAUUCAGACGACGACUGCAGUGUCAACGUUCAGAAGUCAUCAUUGUCAUCUUGUGUUGCAGACUCCUUGGAAGCUUCGGUAUCACUUCAUGAUUCAUUCAUGGGCUCUCAGACAUCGGAUUUGUGGCAUACAUCGGACUCUAAGACACUUUUUCGGCCGGCAUCAUCGGCGUCUCGAGUCGAGUCCCCAUCCCGUGGGGAGGAAAACUUUUCUCUGAACAAGUCGACUUCGGCAUCCACGGAGAUGUUAUCUGCACUAGAUUCUUCUACUGCAGGCCGCCAGUCGCCGGCUCCGAGCGAAGUGUCGAAAACUGAAAGUGCCUUAUCACCCCCGAGUGAUGUUUCUAAAACUGAAAGUACUCGUUAUCUUAGUCCAUUGGGCAAGAUAGAGGAAACUGGACACCUGACAGUUAUAAAAGUGUCAAAUUUAGAGCACGAAGAAGAGCAGAAUAUCAAAGAGACUAUGAGUAAUGAAUCUAGAACAGAAGCAAAAAUUAAAAAGAAAUCAAAAAAGGCAAAUUCAGAUAAGCCAUGGUAUGAAUUUUCUGAUGAAGAAGACAUCAUUGUACCUCAGCGUUAUAAAGCAGUAACUGUCAGUAUGAGAAGCAGUUCAGAAGAUGAAGAACCUAUCAUUGCAUGAAAUGACAAACUUAAGUAGUUAAAAAGUAAAGAAAUGGAUUUUAUAUGUUUGUGACAAUUGUGAAUUGUUUGCAGAAGCCAUAUCUUAAAAGGGGCAACAAAACACUGUGCAUUUAGGUUUCAGAAAGGUCCCAUCUUUGAAAUGACGUAACAGUGGUCAGAAAGGUGAAACUGGGUCUGGAAUUUGUUAUGCAGCAGUUUUUAGAAGUAGUUCUAAGAUCGGACAUUAGCUAGCACUGAAGUCACAAUUGUCUUUUAAAUGGUGUAAUAAAGUGCUUAUUGAGCAGCACAACUGAAGAAUAAAGUUUGAAGUCACUCUACUAAGACUGGUGCACAUACUCCUGAACAUUGCACUUCAAACUUAAUCUUUUGGUCGUUACCUGUUACUGUUGUCAAAAAGCACACGUUAAAAUCACUGUGGCGUGAUUUGAUCUUUGUUCAUUAGGCAAACUUUCAUACAGUAUUUAGAAGGCACUUGGUGACUGUUAUGCCCUCUGAUGUCCAAUCUUGGAACUAUUUCUGAAAACCAGUGCAUGACCAAUUCCAGACCUGUCGAUCCUACAUACCACUUGCUUCACCUUUCUGUCUCUCACUGUUAUGGCCUUUUAAAGUUUAAGAAUUGCUUUCAAAAACACUCUACCUACUUUAGUUAAGUGUAUGAACUAUUUAGGCUAACUUGUUGAUGGUCCUUGAAGGCCUGAUGGAGUAAACAAUUUUAACGCCUAGAAUAUUUUCUCUGACCUUAGAAUUAAAUAUUACAUAAAUUUUAAAAUCACAUUAUAAUUGCAGAAAAGGUAAUGAGUUGGAUAUGUAUAAAUUCUAAAAUACACUCUCAACCUUUACUUGAAAUGCCAGUUUAAUUUAGCUUUUGUAUUUUCGGCUAAAAUUUAAUUAGUAAAUGUUUGCAAUAAAGAAAUAGUUCUUUCUUUUCCAUUUUUAAUUCUACUUCGAUUGUUUGUAGAUUUUUAUUAUUUAAUCAAUAUUAGUUUUAGUUUCAGUGACCCUUUUCUUCUGCAGCUGUUUUUCUUAGAUACUUAACUAGAAUAAAAUUUAACUUUGACAUGAAUAUUUAAAAUCCAUUGAAUCCUACAAACUCAGGGAAUGUUUAUGACGAUUAUCACUUGAACAUUGCAAGAAUCAGACUCUUUCAAUGUGAUUGAAAUAAUGACUAAUGUUUCUCUGCACUUGUGUUUAAGACAUUUUAUAUUUGUGCACCUUCAAGGUAUCCCCACCUAAUCUGAGACGGGUAUUUUUCAACUUAACUGUAAGUUUGUACAAUGUUUAUUCCUAUUUCACAUCUUUGUUUUGUAAAAAUAUAUGUCAGUUUUGUAUCAUAUUUUUUAUACAAGUUGGAAUUUUCUUGUACGAAAGUAUAACAUUUUUGUAUUUUGUCGAGAAAUCUUUUAAACUAAAUAUUCUAAUGAAUAUUUGUUUUCAUAUGUAUAGACUUUUUUACUAUGUUAAUUGUUUUCACAAAUACAAUUAAUUGCCUUAUAAAAUAAUUUUAAUCAAAAUUAUGUGUUACUUGUAAUAAGAUAGCUCUUAUGUGUAUUUUACUGUUAUCAUUAUUUGUGCCAUUAUUUAUUCCAUUGUUAUACAAUGCACUCGGUUGUUUAAA